AUGCCGGAAGCCGCUAUCUCCGUCAAGGUAGAGCCCCAUGUCGUCUACACCACAACUCCCGUCGACGACUUCACCGACAUGAAGAACGAAGGAUUGGAUGGCACCAGCUCCCCCAAGCUUCCCAGCCAGUACAAGGUAGCCGUAGAGGAGCUCGCAGCGGGUAACAACAGCGAGAGCCAAUCAUGGGAAGGGAGGACGCGAUGGGUCAAGGGCAUCCUCGCAGCCAUGUUCAUGGGCCUUGUUUUCGGGUCGGCGAUGGAUCUGGGGAAGGUGACGCUACCGCUGAUGAUCAGGGAGCAGUUUAUCUUCAGGCGGGAGAUCAUGCUGAAGAUGUUCUUGGGAGCGUCGGCGGGGUCGGCAUACUGCAUCGCGGGAGCGUCGCUGAUCUUCCCCUUGCACUUUGAGAGGGCGCGCGAGGGGUUCAUGAGCACACUGCAGUGCAAGGGGCUGAUACCGAUCAUUCUGGGAGCUUUCAUCCUAGGAUGCGGCAUGUGUCUGUCAGGGUCAUGCCCAGGGAUGGUGCUGGUACAAGUCGGAGCAGGCAUCCCUUACUCGUGGCUGACGCUCAUCGGGGGCCUGUCGGGCGCGGCCUUGUAUGGGGUGGUGCAGCCCAAGAUCGAGCCGUACCUCAAGGCAGGGAAGAUGAAGUCACCGAAGAUCGAGGUCUGCAUGACCAUCUUCAUCGUCAUCCUCGAAGUGUUUUUCCCGUGGGAGAAGGAGGUGCCGGUAGGGACGACGCCUUGGAAGACGGCGCUCCCCCCAGAGCUUAUGGGGGCGAUCAUCGGCUUCCUACAGAUCCCAGCUAUCCUGCUGAUCAAUACCACCCUGGGGAGCAGCUCGGCGUACAUGACAUAUACCUCCCAGCCUCUUGCUAUCUGCAAGAACUGCCAGGAUAUGAGGCAGUACCUGAACGCGUUCGUAGGAGGCUUCUGCGCCAUCUUCGGGAGCCGGCUUGCGUCGGGCUGCACCAGCGGGCAUGGGCUAUCGGGGGUCGCGCUGCUGUCACUGAAGUCGAUGUUUGCCGUGCCGGGGAUGUUUGGGGGAGGGAUAGUGCUGGGCUUCAUCUACUUCUCGGUGGACUCAUAUCAUUACACGGGGCGGUUGUACAGCUAG